GGGGGGUCGCAGAUUCCUCUCCGCUCGGGAUUUCGAGACAACGACGGGACCUGGAGGGAGAGGCGAUGGCAUCGACGGAUCUGCAAGCGAGCAGCAACGGGAUGCCUGACCCGGAGAGAGGGGAAGGAGGGUUGAAGGAACACUCGUACGUGAAUGGAGGACGGCAAGUGGUGGGAGACCUGGGGCGUCCGUUGGAGUCGCGAGCCGAAGGGGACCGACCCUGCAGGGUGUGCGAGACCGCAGGACGCAGCCAACAGAGCAGCUUUGACAUGAUCUACAAGAUUGAGGACGUCCCUCCAUGGUACCUGUGUCUCCUACUGGGCUUCCAGCACUACCUCACCUGCUUCAGCGGAACCAUCGCGGUUCCCUUCCUCCUGGCCGAAGCCAUGUGCGUGGGCAAGGACCAGGUGGCCAUCAGCCAGCUCAUCGGCACCAUCUUCACCGUGGUGGGCAUCACCACGCUCCUGCAGACCACCUUCGGGUGCAGACUGCCCUUGUUUCAGGCGAGCGCCUUUGCCUUCCUGGUGCCAGCCCGUGCCAUCCUCGCCCUGGACAAGUGGAAGUGUCCGGACGCAUCGAUGAUCUACCCCAACGGGACGAACGGCAUUCUGGAUACGUCAGAGACGUGGCACCCACGCAUCAGAGAGAUCCAGGGCUCCAUCAUCGUGUCGUGCCUGGUGGAGGUGUUCAUCGGGCUCGCUGGGCUGCCCGGGGCCAUGCUGAGCUACAUCGGUCCGCUCACCGUCACGCCGACCGUCUCGCUCAUCGGCCUCUCCGUCUUCCAAGCGGCGGGGGACCGCGCCGGGCGGCACUGGGGCAUCUCGGCCAUGGCCAUCGUGCUCAUCAUCCUCUUCUCGCAGUACCUGCGCAACACCUCCGUGCCCGUGCCCGUGUAUCGCCGCGGACAGGGAUGCUCCACCAACCGCUUCCAAAUCUUCAAGAUGUUUCCCAUCAUUAUGGCCAUCGUGCUGUCCUGGCUCAUCUGCUACGUGCUCACACUCAGCGGAGUCUUCCCGGAGCGGGAAGAGGAGUACGGAUUCCACGCACGCACGGACGCGCGCGGAGACAUCAUGAGCAGGGCGCCCUGGUUCAGGAUCGCCUACCCAUGCCAGUGGGGCUUGCCCGUGGUGACGGUGGCCGGCGUGGUGGGGAUGUUCAGUGCGGUGCUGGCGGGCAUCAUCGAGUCCAUCGGCGACUACUACGCGUGCGCGCGUCUCUGCGGGGCUCCGGCCCCACCGGUGCACGCGAUCAACAGAGGGAUCUUCAUGGAAGGAUUGUCGUGCAUCAUCGCCGGAUUAUUCGGUACUGGGAACGGAUCCACGUCUUCUAGUCCAAAUAUCGGCGUCCUGGGAAUCACCAAGGUGGGAAGCCGGCGCGUCGUUCAGUACGGGGCGGGCAUCAUGCUGCUGCUGGGCACCGUGGGAAAAUUCACGGCGCUCUUCGCCUCGCUGCCCGACCCCAUCCUCGGCGCGCUCUUCUGCACCCUCUUUGGCAUGAUCACGGCCGUGGGGCUGUCCAACCUGCAGUUCGUGGACAUGAACUCCUCGCGCAACCUCUUCGUGCUGGGCUUCUCCAUGUUCUUCGGGCUCACGCUGCCCAGCUACGUGGAGCAGCACCCGGUGCAGAGCGGUGUGGUGGAGCUGGACCAGGUGCUCACGGUGCUACUCACCACGGAGAUGUUCGUGGGCGGCUGCGUCGCAUUCGUUCUGGACAACACGAUCCCAGGCACGCAGGAGGAGCGUGGCCUGCUGCAGUGGAAGGCCGGGGCUCACGCGGCGAGCGGCUCCAGCGCGGAGAUCAACGCCUACGACUUCCCCGUGGGCAUGGCCGCGGUGCGCCGCGUGCGCGCGCUGCGCUACCUCCCCGUGUGUCCCACCUUUGUGGGCUUCUCCGCGAUGUGCGCAUCGCGAGCCCGGACCGGCGCCACGGACGACGCUACGGACCACGCUCAGCCUGAGAUGCAGCAGCAGCAGCAGCAGCCCCAGCAGCCGCAGCAACAGCAGCAGACAGCCAGAUCCUCAGCGCAGGGCUCUUUCGCGUUGUCUCGCGCCGCUGUGAGAUCUUCUCUCGCCAGCACAAAGGUGUAACGAGGGGCAGCGGGUAGCCUCAUGCGAUGAAGACAUGGAUGAGUAACUUAACGAAUGAACAGGCAUACGAGGAUCCGGUGCAUUACCAACGAAAAAUAUUAAAAUAAUGAUGUGACACUUUCGAUCCAGCAGUCUGAGUGAAUUACACUGGUCAACACACCUUUUUUGGCAUAAGGUAUUCCAACGGUUUUAAGGUAAUUUUGGGGUGCUGAUUCCAAAUCUGGCAUCAGUUUUUGUCUAUCACGUCAGGUUUUUGAGAUAUUAAAUAUUGCUUUUUCUAUAAAAACUGCAGAAUAAAAAUAUUUCAUAAAUGUGGAUAUCUACAUAAAAUGAUAUUAUAAACACACUAUCCUAAAAAUACAGCACCAUAUUUGAACACUAAAGCAGUCACUGACUCGCAACAACUUGCAAUCAUAAGUGACAGAGUUAAUUUCUGGUAAAAUCAAUGAAAAUGGGGUAUGCCGAUAGCAUAAAAAUGAUGUGAUAGAGCAAAUCUGAGAUCAGAUUUGGAAUCAGCACCCUGAAGUUAGCCUAGAACAGCUACAAAAGUCCAGGCCAGAAAAAAGUGUUUUUUUUUGUUGACCAGUGUAAUUUCCAGCAGCAGUUGAGGAGUAUUCGAUGAAAAAUUGACAAGUCACUCAGGGCUCAGUGUCCAGUGAGCAGCAGACCGUUGAUGAAAGUUUGCAGAUUAAGUGAUUGAAAAAGGGGAAUGAUUCAGUUCAUUGUGCGGUCCUCUAUGGGGAGAUGAUGCGGUAAAAGGCUGUCUAAAGCAAUGAUGCGAGCAUUGCUUGUCUUCGAAUAUAUAAUAUAUACAAUUGGGUGAUGCUGCAUUACCAGUGGUGCAACAAUUGGAUUCACACGGGGCUAUUUGCGCUCAUGGUGCGAUUUUGCCUCUCAUGCUCUCACAAUCACCUGGCAAUAUUAAUUUUAGCAAUAAUACAAUUUGUGUAAUUUAGAAGUUGUUGCGAAAGUAUAAAGUUGCUGCGUAUUGAAUGCCUAAGACCGGACUGUUUGCUUGGCAGGACCGGAGGAUGCGUUAAAUUCUGUUUCGAAAUUGGAAACAGCAGUAGGGUGUAACGUUUCACUUGUCUUUGUGUGCCCAUCGAUACGGUAGUAUUAUUAUUGUUGUGUGUGUGUGUCUAUAAUAUGUCACGAAUAAACAUUAUACCUCGA